GGACUUCUCGCCUUUGAGUGCUGGAAAUGUUGAGAUUAACGUAAAGGAUGGACCUAAUAAUUUCUGUUUUGGGGCUCCUGACGCUGUCUCUGGAGGGCAUCCGUUGCCAAGGAGUGUACGCACCCCCUACGGUCCGCAUCGUGCAUUCGGGCCACGCGUGUAACGUGGAGGAAGAACGUCACACAGAGAGGGUGUACACCAUCCGGGAGGGAGAGACCCUGGAACUCACCUGUCUGGUCACAGGACACCCACGGCCACAGAUCCGAUGGACCAAGACAGCAGGCAGCGUGUCGGAUCGCUUCCAGGACUCCAGCGUGUUUAACGAGACGCUGCACAUCUCCAAGAUCCAGAGACACCAGGGAGGACGCUACUACUGCAAGGCUGAGAAUGGCCUGGGCUCCCCGGCCAUCAAGUCCAUACGGGUCGACGUCUACUACCUGGAUGACCCUUUAGUGACGGUGCACCAGAGUGUAGGAGAGGCUAAAGAACAGUUUUAUUACGAGAGGACAGUGUUCCUACGCUGCGUGGCCAACUCCAACCCCCCAGUCCGCUACAGCUGGCACCGCGGACGAGACGUCCUCUCACAAGGCUCCGACAAGGGAGUGGAGAUCUACGAACCAUUCUUCACACAGGGGGAGACGAAAAUCUUGAAGCUGAAGAACCUUCGUCCUCAGGACUACGCCAACUACAGCUGCAUCGCUUCUGUUAGGAACGUCUGUGGCAUUUCCGACCGAAACAUUGUCUUCAAACUCACCAACAAGACAGCAUCUCCCUCCAUUAAGCUGCUGGUGGAGGAUCCCAUCGUGGUGAACCCUGGCCAGACGGUGUCCCUGGUGUGUAUCACUACGGGUGGGGAGCCCAACCCCACGCUGAGCUGGGUCAGCAGCUCUGACAGCCUGCCUGAGAAGAGCGUGGUGAAGGGUGGAACACUCACCCUGCCAGCCAUCACUUCAGACGAGGCUGGGGUCUACAGCUGUGUAGCCAGUAACAACGUGGGCAACCCAGCCAAGAAGUCUACCACAAUAGUGGUCAGAGCGCUGAAGAAGGGGCGUUUCUGGAUCACCCCUGACCCCUACCAUAAUGACGACAACAUCCAAAUAGGCCGCGAGGUCAAGAUCUCCUGCCAGGUGGAGGCCACGCCCCCUGAGGAACUGACAUUUGGUUGGCUGAAGAACGGCCGCGCCAUGCGUAGCUCUGAGCGAAUGGUGAUCACCCAGACGGACCCUGACAUUUCCCCAGGCACCACCAACCUGGACAUCAUCGACCUGAAGUUCACUGACUUUGGCACCUACACCUGUGUGGCUGCGCUGAAGGGAGGGGGCAUACCUGAGAUCAGCAUAGACGUCAACAUCUCCUCCACUACUGUUCCCCCCAACCUGACAGUGCCACGGGGUAAGAGCCCCCUGGUGGUUCGGGAGGGCGACACGGUGGAGCUCGAGUGUCUGGUUUCAGGGAAGCCCAAGCCCAUUAUCCUUUGGUCUCGGGCCGAUAAAGAGGCGCCCAUGCCGGAUGGGAGCCUGCAGGCUGAGAGCUACGACGGGGUGCUGCGGAUCGUCAACGUGUCCAGAGAGAUGACCGGCUCCUACCGCUGCCAGACCAGCCAGUUCAACGGGUUUAAUGUGAAGCCCAGGGAAGCUGUGGUGGAGCUGAUCGUACAAUACCCUCCGUCGGUGGAGCCUGUGUUGUUAGAGAUGCGUCAGGGCCUGGGCCGGCCAGUGGCAAUGAACUGCCGGGUCCUGCGUGCCCACCCUUCCCGGGUGUUGCGCUAUGAGUGGCGGCUGGGGAACCGCCUGCUCCACGCUGGACAUUUCGACCAGAGCGACGAGACAGAGUACACCGUCAAAAGCCUCAACCGCGAGGGCUGGGGGGAGUACACCUGUGAUGUCAACAAUGAGGCCGGGGCUGGGCGCUGCACCUUCCUGGUCACAGGGAAGGCGUAUCCCCCAGAGUUCUACUACGACACGUACAGUCCUCUGUGGCAGAACCGACCUACAGUCUACGGCUUCAAACUGCAGUGGACCCAGAUGAAUCCCAACACUGUGGACCGCAUUGUGGCCUACCGCCUCGGCAUACGACAGACGGGGCUCCAGAGGUGGUGGGAGCAGGAGAUCCCCGUGGAUGGAACCAUCACCAAGGGAGAGCUGAACACACACAACCUGACAGAGCUCAUCAAGCCUGCGGCCUACGAGGUGCGCCUCACCCCCAUCACACGCUUCGGAGAGGGGGACUCCACCAUCAGGAUCAUCACCUACAGUGCUCCUGUCAACCCUCACCUGAGAGAGUUCCACUGCAGCUUCGAAGAGGAGCCCAUCUGCAUGUUCACGCAGGACAAGAAUGACGACUUUGAUUGGACGAGACACAGUGCAGCCACCCGUGACACCAAGUACACGCCCAACACUGGGCCUAGCGACGACCGCAGCGGAUCCAAACAGGGUUUCUACAUGUACAUCGAGACGUCCCGGCCUCGGAAGGAGGGUGAGGUGGCGAGGCUGGUCAGUCCCUUCUUCAACGUGGUGCCCAAGAACCCAUAUGGCAUCGCCAACCCCCCGGCAUACUGCUUCAGUUUCUUCUUCCACAUGUACGGCAAACACAUUGGGACCCUAAACGCUUUCCUGAGACAGAAGGGUCAGACAGCGGCCGAGGGGCCCGCGUGGUCGCUGAGCGGUAACCAAGGCGACCGCUGGAAACAGGCCAAAGUCAGCAUCCACCCAAACGCGUCUUUCCAGGUGGUGCUGGAGGGUAUCCGAGGUCCGGGCAUCGAGGGGGACAUCGCAAUCGAUGACGUCACCCUUGAGGAGGGAGAGUGUCGAGAUCUACCCCCCAUUAAUCUCAGAUCCUCAGCCCCGCCAACGUCCGCCCAUAUAUGGCCGCUGAGUGUCACCUUGGCGAUGACCUUCCUGUGGGGUCGAAGGUGACCCUGCCCUGCGUCGUCUGGCGGAGUCGAACGGGUCCGACCUGGCCUCGGCACCGACCUCGACCCUGGCGCCUGUGUUCUUGUACCCUCAGCAUCCAAUCACCAAAGAUUCAAGCAAGGCGGCAGCGAGGUGUUCCAAACACAGACCACCACGAGGGCCCAAAAAAUACCACAUAAAUAGUAAUAAAAGAAGAUUCGCAAUUUUUUUUUAAGAGACAACUUUUACAGAAAAUUGCUCCCCAAUCGCAGGAUUGUGAGCACUUUUACGAGCGCAAAGCAAAGCCAGGUGUUGUGACGCCUGGACUUUAGUGGGAGUGUUCACUAUCGCAUUGGGAUAACUAUUUGUAAAGCACAAGGACAAUUUUGCCAGUCAAUUAGGAAAGUUAAAUAGAAAGGUGUGGAGGAAUUGAGAAAUUGGUGACUUUUUGAAGAACAAAAUUAUUUUUUCUGGGCUUAACAAAACACAUGGAAUCAAAGCUUUUCUGUGUUUUAUCUUAUCCUCAUUGAGUUGCACCUGCUGCGCAUCAUGGACACUUUUCUCUCUGCCCAGUCACCCUCACCUGACCUCCACACCUUGACAUGUCUCUCUCUCGGCUUGGUGCUGUACUGUAGAAAACAGAAACUCGGACAAUGUUUAGUUAUCCAUCCCAGUUCCCUCUCCCCUCUUGCCCGGUAGCUGCCUAAGUAUUUCACAACACUGUGCUCACUAGUCCAAGGUGUCUGAGACCAGGAAGGCAUGCACAAGGUAUGUGGGGCAGAGAGGAGGAGAUGGGUAGUUGAGAGAGUUGAAGAAGGGUAGGUCAGACUGACUGACGUCCAAGGCAAUGUGGAAGGCAGUGGCAUAGUGGAUGAGAAAAGUAGAGGAUAGAGACCAGAGGGGAAGGAGUGGAGAGUAGGAGUAUGGAGACCAGAGGGGAAGGAGUGGAGAGGAGGAGUAGAGGAUGGAGACCA